UUUUUUGGGUUUCUGACCGCUACUCGCAAAAAUCUGCCUUACUGGGUUCCUGUAAAUUUUCGUGGUUUCCCAUCAUUUUCAGUUAAUAUUAAUUAGUUCCUAGCAAAGAUUAUAUUACAAUCCAAUGCACUUGUAAUUUAUGAGAAUGGAUCAUGAUUCUGGACAUCUUAAAGGACCUUCUUCAUUGUUAUCACCUGUAUAUUUGGAAGGAAAGGAUUUAGUGAAAAACAAACUUUUAGAUGAACGUUUCACUAAAACUUCCUCAGUUUCCAAUACACUUUCUUCGCUCUCAUUAGAUAACAAAUCAUUAAAAUCAUCCAUCAGUCUAUCAUAUACAGGUUCAGUCCUACAUUGUGAUCACGAAGUAACAGUCAGACCUAAUGAUAAGCAUCAUGAGGAGAAAAAAACAAGUGUUCCAAGUUCACUUGAAUCAACUCCUAUCGACUGGUUAAACGACGCUAUAAUCAAAAUUUCAGAUACUAGUUUUCAAAAUAUACUAGAAUGUACGGUUGAUGAUUCUAUGAAAAGCAAUUCUAUUCAUAAUACAUUUGGUAAUUUACUGACAUACGAACGCAGAGAUACCUACAAACAGCUGAAACUAGAGUUAAUUAGCUGCAUAUCCUCCUCUAUAGUCGAUGGCAGUCCAUCUAAAGAAAAGAAAAUUGUUUUGGGACAAUCAAUUCACUCUUGUAUUGAUAAAGAUCCAGAAUUUAUACUUAAAGCAGCUUUGUAUUGCCGUAGAGAGUUGAAUAUACGUACAACAACUAAUAUGUUAAUAGCUGUUGCUAGCUGUAAUGAGCGGUCUCGAUGUUUUAUUAAGAAGUACUUUUCUUCUUGUAUUCGCACACCGUCAGACUGGAUAGAGGUUGCCGAAUACUAUGCAAUGAUAAGUGGCAAUCCAAGUUUGAAAGGUAUGCCAAAAGUCUUACGGAAUAGUAUGACAUCAAAGUUCCUUGAAUUUGAUCAGUACCAACUUGCUAAACAUUCCAAACCCAGAGCAAGAGCUAAUCGUUCAAAGAAAUCGAAGGCUCUGAAAAGAAUCCAAAAUGGUGUAGUAGUCAGUACGGAUAUCGAUGCCAUUAUAUAUAGAUUGGCACACUCACCUCGUAUAUAUUUUACAAUAAAGGGGCUUAUUCGUAGAUUGCAUAUAUCAAGGCCCAAGUUCAACGUUAUGUGCGUUCUGGGAAAACCUUACCCAUCGGAUAGUACUGAUUUUAUUCGUAUGGGACUGGAAGGAGAUUGGGAUUCAUCCAAAGCAGGUACACGUAUGAAGUUUCCUAUUCCUGUCACAUGGGAAAGAGAAUUAUCAGUCAAUGGAAACAAUUCAGAUUCUUGGUCGAAACUUAUAACUUUAAACAAAGUCCCACACAUGGCGAUGUUAAGAAAUCUGCGCAAUAUUUUGAUGUCCGGUAUUCAAGAUGGUCUUCAUGAGAUAGUCUUAAAGAGGCUUACAGAUCCUCGUAUUAUUAUAGAAGGGAAGCAGUUUCCGUUCCGUUAUUUCUCGGCUUUUGAUACUAUUGAUAAACUUGAACGCAGAUUUCGUUUUCAACGAUUUUUAUCCCUUACCUCAGCUAAAGAAUUAUUGAAACGUAGGAAACAUACACCUAGGUUAUUGAAAAAAUUGGAAUGGUUAUUGAAACGCAUAAAAUUUGCAGACAAACAGUAUCGCCGUUACGAUCUCAAUACUUUGGACCGAUAUAAAAAUGCAUUAAGUACCGCUUUAGAAUUAUCAAUGAAGCAUAAUUUGCCACCAAUAUGUGGUUCAACAUUAAUUAUAUGUUCUACUAGUAAAUAUGUCAAUCCUUCUAAACAUAGAUUAUCAAAAUCUUAUAUGAAAAUUCUAGGUUUCCUUCUUGGCGCGAUGUGUACGUCGAUGUGUGAAACACCUACAACCUACGUUACAGUUGAUGAUCAAUAUAAUUUAACCCCAAUUGAAGUUGUAUUCAGAAAAAAACAGACUUUAGAUGAUGAUGGUAAAAAUCCACAUUUAUACGACUCGAAACAUAACGAAUCUCUAUAUAAACAUAAAAAUAUGGGCAUUCUAGAAAGAACAAAGCAAAUGUAUGAAACACGUGGUUCACUUAUAUCUGCUCCAGUUACGACAGUUUUUGAGAAACUCUGUGCUUAUCGGAAACAGUUUGAUAAAAUUGUUAUCUUUGGUGAUUGUCAUAAGGAAAUUGUUGAUUAUGUUAUAAAUUAUCGGACAUACAUUGGACCAUUGAAAGCAAUCUGGGGAAAUUUAAGUGGUGAAGACAUAUGGCCAAAAUCAUGUAGUAAGGAUGGUUGGAUUGAAUUCAAAGGGUGUACAGAUCAAAUUCUACGUUAUAUUGCUGAACCAAAUGAAGAUAAAUUACUUGAACGUAUUGAGAAAAUGGAUGAAAUCUACGGACUAAAUAAGAAUAUUUCACAUCACUUUAAUUUAAAAACAAAAAUACAAGAAGAUCAUGAUAAUAGUAUAUUAUCGAAACGUGAUUAUUUUAGAUCAGGAUGGAAAUGUUGUCAGUUGUUUAUUUCAUCUACAUUUCGUGAUAUGCACGCUGAACGUGAUCUAUUAUGUGGUAUACUUGUACCUGCUUUACGUAGGAAUGUUGCAUUAGGUUUACGUGUACAUUUAAAUGAAAUCGAUUUACGUUGGGGUGUUCCUGAACCAGCUACAUACAAUUCACAAGCACUACAGAUAUGUUUAGAACAAGCGGCUGCUAGUGAUAUUUUUGUUCUGUUAUUGGGCGAUCGUUAUGGUUGUAUACCAGACGAAGCUGAAGUUAUGUUAUUACCUGAAUCAUUAUUAUCUGAAGUGUGUAAAUUUUAUAAACCUGGAAUGUCUAUGACUGAAAUGGAGUAUCAUAUGGCUAGACAAGCUGCCAUAUCUAAAGUCCCUAUUCAUGAAAGACGACAGCAGAAUACAAUAAGUUUUCAUGAGGCAAUACGUCUUCGAAUUUGUGUUUUCAUUAGAGAUUCAGCAUCUAUAGAAAAUGUACCAGAUGAAUUGAAAGAUUGUUUUGAAGAGUAUGAUGUUGAAAGACGUAAUCGUCUUAACGCCUUCAAAGAAUUAAUUCGUAAUGAUGGUGUUAUUGUUAGUCAUAAUUAUUCAGCUCAAUUCAAUGGUUUAAUAAAUAAUUAUCCAAUAAUGGGAAAUUUAGAUGAAUUCGGAAGUCAAUUUUUUGCAACAGUUAAAUCUUUACUUCUACGUCUAUUUCAUAAUGAUAAUGAUAGUACUUCAGUAUAUAAUAGUGAUAAUAAUUUGCUUAUAACUAUUAAUAAGUCAUUGAAUACUAUUGAAUUCUUACGAGAAUAUGUUUAUUCAGCUGCAUGUGCAAUUGGACCACGUCAUCUACUGGAAGUAGAACAAGCUUUUAAUGCAUUAACUGAACGUGGUCAUCGAGUUCAUCUGGCUCGUGCAAUUCAAUCAACUGAAAAGAAAUUAAGUGUACAAAACAAUUCAAACUAUUCAACAAACCUUCAAGGUUGUGAUGGUGGUAUCCUUUUAAUUGUUGGACCGACUGGUAGUGGGAAAACUACCUAUUUGUCAGCUUUAACAAUAUCACUGAUAGAAUCCGAUUGGUAUAGAUCAUUUUCAACGAAUAACACAAUACAAAAAAAGUUUAAUUCUAAAUUACAUUCAAGUGAACAAUUAGUGAAUUCAAUGGAAAAUUCUAAAUUUAUUUCAAAACAACGUCCAAUAUUUGCUAAACAUCAGAUAUUUAUACAUUUCUGUAAUGGUUUAUCAAUAUCUGGUUUACCAUCGAAUAGAAAAUUGAAUGAAAUACUUCAAAAUUGGUUAAAUCUAUUAACUAUUCAACUUGAUAAUAUCUGUAAUAGUAAUGAUAUUCUUAGAAAAUUAUUUAAUGAAAUGAAAUCAUCUUUUAAUGUGAAUAAAAUCUCUUCUAAUAUAGAUUUAAAAUUCAAUAUUCAGUGCUUUGCACGUUUCAUACAAUUUAUUGGUUACUUAAAUGAUAUACAGUUUGCCUUUUUAAUUGAUGACUGUGAUCAGUUGGAACCAAUGACCUUAGAAUGGUUACCACAAAUUUUACCCAAGAAUGUUCGAUUCGUUUUAACAUGUGAUUCUAAAUCAUCAGUUGCUCGUAGUUUGUGCAAUCGAAUUGAUUGUCAACUAUUAACUGUAUCCGGAUUAACUACACACGAACGUGGUGCAGCUGUUCGUAGUUUACUUGGAAAAUAUGGAAAAGUUUUAAGUGAAUCAGGUUUUCGAAAUCAGUUAUCUGUUUUAAUUCAAAAACGAGAAGCAAGUAUUCCACUUUAUUUGAAAUUGGCUUGUGAUGAAUUACGUUUGUACAGUAAAUAUGAACAGUUGGAUGCAAAAUUAAAACAACUGCCUGAUACAAUAUCCAGUUUAGUAAUAGAUGUUGUCAAACGAGUUGAAUGUAGUUGUGGAUCAGAUUUAACUCGCAUUACACUUGGUCUACUCACUUGCUGUCGUCAACCAUUGUCAACAGAAGAACUACAUAAUUUAAUUGAUGAAUGGUUAAUUGAAUCAUGGAUGGAACAACAGUUCAAAAAUGGUUUUACAGAUUGUUGGCAAGAUUUAAAAGUGCCAUUGGACAAUCUUGAUGAUAUAAUAUCAAAUGAGAAGAUUAUUUAUCGAAUAAUCAAUGAUCAAUUCAAUAAUAAAAAUAAGCCUACAUUAUGUAAAGGACAACCACAUUUGCCGUCGCUUUUAUUGUAUAUCCUAUUAACUGGUCUUCAUCCUUUACUCUCUGGUUUCAUGGAUGAAAAAGCUGAUAUUGAUGAAAUUGACAAUGAAUUACCGCCUGAUGGUUCUAUGCAAACAAUAAAACAACAAAAGCUUGCUAUAUGGAAUCUUGGAUCAGGAGCAUUAUCAUUUAGCAGUCGUGAAAUACACAAUCUAGUCUAUGAUAUAUGUUUUAAUCAAUCAAAAUACAUUAUAGGUCAUGGAAAAUAUGAAUAUACUUUCAAAAAUAAUCAAAUGAGGAAUUUUAACAAACGUGCAAAAUAUGAUGAAAGUAUGCCCAGUGAUAAAAUUCAUUUGAAGACAGUGACUCUUCAAACUAUACAUAAUAUUUUAGCUUCAAAAUUACGAAACAUGAAAGAUUUAAUUUAUCAUUUACAUCAUGCCGGUCGAUUAAAUGAAGUUGUUUGUUUACUCAGUAGUCCAGCGUUUCUUAUUCAUCAGAUUGAAUCUGGAUAUGGUUUGACAUUGCUAGACGAUAUGAAUAGAUACAUUACAACUACUGCACAUCAUCAAUCUGAACCGAGCAAUAUUCCUACUUCAUUAGAUCUUAUGAAGGAUAAAAUUAUAACUAUGCAAAGGUUUCUUGCAUCGAAUUAUGAAUUUUUAAUUAAACAUCCGUAUUCAUUCGCUGAAUUGGCUAUCAAUCAAGAUGUUGACGAAUGGAUUCAUACAAUUGGAUAUGCAUGUUUACUUAGUUCAAAUUAUCAAGAGAAAAUCAAUGGUGACUCAUGUAAAAAAUUUUUCCGUAUUAAAUUAAGUACUAAUGACAUUCAAUCUAUCCUACCGAAAAUUGUUCAACCAAUUGCAAUUCAUAAACCAGUCACACCACUAACUGGUUCUCAAGAUAUCCCAAUCUCAAUUGAACUUGACCGAACAGGUAAUUUAUUAGCUUAUGGAACUGAGUCUGGCACAGUUACGGUUGUCGAGGUUCAAUCAUUUAAGAUAUUAUGUUCAUUUCUUGGACAUAAUAUGCCAAUACUCAGUUUAUGUUUUCUUGAUGAUUUUGCCUCUGACGGUUCUACGAUCAGACCAUACGGUAUGCCGAGUUCACAAUUAUGGCUAGUUAGUACUAGUCAGGAUGCUAGUAUACUUAUUUGGGAUUUAUCAAAUGUGAUAAACAGUGUUACAUGUGGAAUAGCAACUAGUAUCAGUUCCCAAGUGUCUUCUUUAAGUGGAUAUCAUCACAAACCUGUGACUGUAUCUGCUUGGCAUCCGAAACGUCGUAUUUUGGCUACUGGUGGUUUAGAUUGUUUAAUUUGUUUAUGGGAAGUUGGUGAAUUAGGAUUUGGGUCAUAUUUUACGUCGAAAUCAUCUGGUUGUAAAAAAAUUAAACCUAGUAAAAAGCUGAAUAUCAAAUCAUCGAUUAAUUCAAUUGCUUUUCGUUUACCGAAUUAUGCAUCGGAUAGUGAAAAAUCUAUUCCUUCUGAAUGUUUACGUGAUGUUAUGGCAGUGGGAUGUUGGGAUGGUUUUGUCCAUUUCUACAGUCUCAUAUCUAUGAAUUGGAUAAAGUCUCUUGCAAUCUCAACAUCUGCUAUUUGUUCACUGGCUUACUCGCCGAAUGGUGGCAGACUGUUAGCUAUUCUUGAUAGAAAAGGUCAAAGUUUCAUUUUAAAUGCGAAUACAUUUGCAUAUCUAGGCCGGUUAACUGAAAAUGUCACUUUUUCAUCAAUUGAUGAAUUCGCUUGUCUUGAUGAACUGCAUCAUUUAUUACCGAAUCAAAAGGGAGUAUUAUGUUUCUCUGAACCAACUGGACGUUAUCUCAUUCAAACUGGCGGUGGGUCAUCAGUUGGUCGAAUCAAUGUUUGGAAUGCUCAUCUCGGUGCACCUGAAGGUCCAUGGAUUAACGUUAGUCGCAAUAAGAAAGAAAUGAAACGAACUAUAUUUGUCACAACCUAUACUAUUGACAUAAGUGGAAAGUAUAUCAUAAUUGGAUGGAAUGAUGGUCUCUUCACUAUUGUUCUAAUGACCAAUGGUGAUACUGUAUUCAGUUCGGAUAAAUUAAUUCCUUUGAUAAACGAUAAUUCAUCUGUUGAAGCUAUCGCUUGUGGUAUUUCACCUUAUUGCGAUGAUGCUAAUCUUGUCAUUGUUGGCUGGUCAUCUGGUGCAGUUAGGUUAUAUCACUUUAGCUUUAAGCCUGAAAUUAAAUCAAAACGAGAUGAUAACUCUACUGUUCAGUCCGAUAUACAUUCUAUUUGCAAUUUAUCCAUUGUACCUUUGUAUACUUCUUGGUCACAUUCUAUUGAACAUGCAGAGAAUGGGACAGGUGAAGCUGGUGGUACUCUAUGCGCAUCUGCUUCUAAUUCUAUCUCAGUUAGCGGAGGUGGGAAUUGUGAAGUAUGGGCGUAUUUUGUUGGUUCCAAGUUAGAAAAUCCUUUAGUAAGAUCAAUUUGUCUUCGACAACAUAGUGGUCAAAUAACUGCUGUCGCAAUACAAAUGAAUUUUAUAGCUACUGGCUCGAAAGAUAAAAAUGUAGCUAUCUACAGUUAUGAUUCAAAUACUGCAAAAGUAACACUUCAAUACAUCAUACAUAAUGCUUCUAAAGAUUGGAUUAUAUCAUUGAAAUGGUCAUAUAUUCCGCAUAAAAUGCAUGACAGAAAACUAACAUUACUUGUUGGAAGUAAUGAUCAGUCAAUUCAUCUAUAUAGAAUUAAAUCAAAGAAAUAUAAAUUGAACCAAACACUUGUUUCAUAUAAACUUGGCAUUAAAUCACUUGAUUUCAAUUAUCCUUAUAUUUUUUCUGCUACAUCUGAUGGUCAUAUAAGUGUAUGGCGAUAUGGUCGAAAUGAAAAUUUUGAACUUAUCAGUGAAAUGAUAAUAUCAUCACCGUUAGACAACUUGAACUCGAAUACAACCAAUGAGAAUGUAGUGAAUCUUAUUAAAGUUCAAUCAUUUGAAUAUACUCCUUGUUAUUAUUCCUCGAACAAUAAAAAUGUUAUCAAUUCUUACGAUGAACUAGAACCUCAUAAAAGUAAAGAUUCUGUGGUCGAUACUAUGGAUUCCAAUAAUAGUCCACGUUCAUUAUCGUCUAAUGAUAUUAAUAACAAUGAAGAUGACAGUUUACAGCAUCAGGAUAUUACGGAUGAAAAUCUAGUUAGCGACGAAGAAAGUGUGAAAGGAACUUCUGAUCAGUGCUGUUUAAAUAAUGAUGAAUUAAUGGACGAGGGUUCCGAUGAAACACCAAGUCAGUGCUCAGAGAAAGAUCUAAUGACUGGGAAUAAGUGUAAUAAUGUUGCUUUCAAUAGUGAUGAAUCAGCAGGAUCUCACAUUUUUGACAAAUUUAUUAAUCGUCCUGGCUCCUUGUCAGAAUUACUUGAUGAGACUAAUGUGAAACUUUUGAUUGGUCAAACAAUUUCCGGUUCACGUAAUAUUCAAGAGUUUCAAUUUCGAGUAUAUGAACCAUCACUUACAGGAUAUCAUGCUACUCUAAGUGGUCAUGCUGGCUUAAUUCCUUGUGGAUUAAGCUGUACAAAACCUCUGAAUUCGAAUAAUGAUGAUACAUUACUUAUCAGUGUAGCUGGUCAAAAUUGUGAUUCUAAAACAAUUGGCUGUGAUAUUCGACUGUGGAAUUUACCUUUAUCGAAUAGUUCUUUAUCAUGUAAACCAACUCUUCAACAUACUGGACCAGUUAUAUGUGCUGAUUAUCUGUAUGUGACAAAGAAUUUACAACUUUGUAUAACUGGUUCAGUUGAUGGUGAUUGUAUUGUUUGGGCUGCUCGUGGUUCAUCAACUUCUCAAUCAAUCAAACCUAUAACUACUGCUACCACUACAUAUCAACCAUUGAUACGUUUAACUAAUUCAGAUAUGAAACCAAGAUACAGUAUAAACAGUAUUGUUACACAAUCAUGGACAAUGAAUAAUGAUGAAAAUAAAAUAGAUUAUUUCAUUUUUAUUGCUUUCGGUUAUGAGAUUUUAAUAUUGCACAUACACCUUAAUCAUGAUAUUUUAAUUAAUAAAACUGAUUUGGAAAAUAGUUUAUUAGAGUUAUUUUCAAAUGGAAAACAAUUGGAUAUAAAUAUUGUUGAAUUAAAUGCAUUAUGGUCAAUUAAAACAACUGAUGGUUACGCUGAAAUACAAAGAUUUAAAACAGACCAUAUCGUUGUCGAAAUGUCUGCUUUACAUCAUGAACCAGUUAAUAUGAAUCAGUGUGGUGUUGUAGCACUUUUGUCCAAUGGUGAAAUUGUCAUUAUUCCAUUUAAACGUACAGACGAUGAACUCAUUCACCUUCGUGUUCGAGAUAACUGUAAUCUUUCAAGUCAUUGGUGCAGUUCAUUAUGUACAUAUCAGGAUGGUAUACUUGUAGCACAUAAUGGAUCAGCUUUAUUUCAUCCAUUUGAUGAUCAUAGUGCAAAUGUAUUCACACCACUUCGUGGAUCUAUCAAUAAUUUGGAAAAUAUCUAUAUUGACAGAAUUGAACCACUUUGUUUACCUAACGGAAAUAGUUUCAAGUUAUUUUAUAUUGUAACAAGCAAAUUAAAAUCUGAACCACAGAUUAUCUUCUUUAAUAGUGAUGAGCAUAUGCUAUUGAAUAUUUCGCUGGAAGGAAUGGAUUUACAAGUCACUGCUUAUUGUAUCACUUCAACUCAUCUUGAUAGUGAAAAGUUAAUAGUGUAUUUAUUGUUGGCAACGUCGGAUAGCUUUCUACGUUUGUUGAAAUGUUCUAUCAAUGUUUGUAAUAAAUCGAAAUUAAGCAAAUGGGAACAGAUCAAAAUUUAUCCAAGUGGUGAGCAUAUUACGAAAUUGGUCACUUUCGAUAAAGAUCCUGUGAGGAUUAUGUGCUGCCUUCAGAAUGGUCAGAUUGAUCUUUACACAAUAGAACAGUAGUACUUGUCUUUCAAUAAUCUCUGUAACCAUUACCUGUGAUGACGUAAUCUAUCUUUUUAUUCUCAUUUUUCUUUAUCAUGUAACUUGUCUUGUUUAAUGUUGUUAAUUUAACCGAUGAAUAAACAAAUUGAGAAUAAAACCAACUCUUUUGUCAGUAAUUACCUUCGAAAGAAAUGUAUUAGCAUGGAGUGAGUUGAUUCUCAAUUUUUUUCCGAUCAUAAGUCUUUCAUCACAAACCGACUUAACAUCUGCAGAAACUAUUAUUAUGUUUCAAAUUAACUUUUGACAACACUUUAGAACUAGGAAGUUAAUUAAGAAUAUCUCCAACUUCAACCAUGACACUUGUUUGCUUUAGCAAACGUGAAUUCAGUGUUAAUGUGUAAUCGGCACAUAUUCCAUGGGUUUUCUCAUUAAAUUUCAAAGGCGUUGCCACAGGAGUAACCGAUUGUGAAGAUUUGACUGCCAGAUGCAUUCUUUUCUUACAUGAAUCAUUCAAUGACUUGUACACUAAUUCUCAAAAUCGACAAGGGAUUAUUCAUCUCUUAUAAAAUACUGGAUCACUCUCUCCACUAAACGUAGCACAGGCAGCUAUCACAGUUUUGAGUAAAGCAUCAGGUUUUUCUUUGGAAGCUAAUAACGACAGUUACACUUUAGGCCGUUUCAAAUCUACUGUUGACUAUUAUGUUUCAUUUACGUAAAUCUCUCAAGACACGUAUGAAGAUCUGUCAUCUAUAAUAAAUCAUUCACGACAUCCUUGUGUAUGCAAUUUAUAACCAUUAAUUGCUAGUACUGAGAAUUCAGUAGAUCAUAUUGCAACAUUAGAAUUUAAAAGUCUCAUGCUUUUGAAUGAAAUAAUGAACUCUAAGCUGCCUAUAUAUGUUGACUCGAAGUAUUCAAUUUUAUGUGCUCCCUAGGAAUUCCCGAAGUAGCGCGAUUUAAGACAGUCAGAACCAGAGGAGAAUAAAUGAACACAUCAUAUUCGGAAUUCGUGAUCAACGAGCAAUCAAGUACAAAGGAAUUAUUAGUUGGUACAAAUACUACAUAGGCCACAGCUUAAACGAAUCUCAACUUUUUUAGUCGUUUGUACUUCUCCUUAUGUUCAUCGUGUGCCUGUCCGACUGUGUAUUUGGAUAUUUACUCUGAAUGACCUAGAGGGUACUCAUGAGUAUUAGAAUUGACAACCGAAAAUGUAACAGAUUCACAUGGUUCGUGGGAUUGUAUUCGAUCAACAUGCCGGUUGUGUGUACUGAAAUAAUUGAUAUCUAGAACCAGAACAACAGAUUUUCUAACAUUCUUCACCAUAAUCCCUGUGUCUUGUAGAUCAUCAUUUCCACGAUAAUAUGUAACUUCUACAGACUCUCAACAUCUCACAAUCGAACGAAGAAUCUUUUCUCUUAAUAGCUUUGAUGGAGUCUCAUCACAGAAUGUUUAGCACUUCUAUAUUGAAGUAUAAAUAUGUCUACUUCCCUCUCCAGUUCAUCAAAUGUUGAAGCAGCAACGGGAUUAAUAGCAUUUUUCAACGUUCUAAUCAAAACAUUUUCUAUCUGACCAUUAGACCAAGAGUGCCUGGGGGUGGUGAAUGAAUGUCUGCACCUUAUACCAUUCAACCAGGUGGUGACUGCAUCUGUAGCAAAAUGAGAGCCAUUAUUAAUCACUAAUACCAUAGGAACCCCCUCCCGACUAAAAAUUUUUAUUAAUGCUUGAAUUGUGAAGUCAGAAUAUGGUGAAGUUGUGAAAAAACGUCAGGCCAUCUAGAAAAUUAUUCAAUAACAUGUGCAUAGUAUUUUCAGGAUGACGAACGAACUUGAAAGCGUCAUGAUUUGUAACAAUAGUCUGCAUGAAUUCACCGUCAGUACUCAGACGAUACUGGUCGUGGACUCCACUUCGAAGUAUGACUUUUCGACUUAUGACGUCUUUCACAAUUGUUUGCUGUACGACAUAUAUCUAGAUUUAUCUCCGACCACCAACAUGUGAGUCUUGACAAGGAUGUCAUUUUCUCAACACCCAAAUGUCCACUAUGAACAUCUUCAACGACAGAUUUAUAUAGUGGAUGAGGAACAACAAGGACAUCACUUAAUCACAGAAUACCAUUAUGAGUAGUGGAUAACUCACCCCGUUUCCAAAAAUAGGAAAUCUAUGUUUUAGACUAGCAUUCCAACCUUUUCGUAUAGCGAUGAGUAUACAUCGGAUGUGUCGGUGAAUUUCUCUUUUGAGAUCUUGAUGGCUCAACGGUAGAGGUUGCACAAAUAAAAAGAUUACUACAUCAACUGGUUUUUCUUGUAAUCACUGUAAAGAGGUGCAACCAAAAUGUUGAAUGUGUUUGGCAAUUCUCUAUUGAAUCGUAUAGUCAUAGGCACUCAAACCAAUACUCCAUCGUUGAACCAUAGUAGCUGAGGAACGUGCUAAUGAUUUUUCAGGAUGACGAACGAACUUGGAAGCGUCAUGAUUUGUAACAAUAGUGAACGUCUCCCGAAAUAAAUAUUCAUGACGUCAUUUGACAGAACAAAACACAACUAAUGCUUCUCAAUGUGUUUGUGAAUAUCCUUGUUCAGCAACAAUAAGUUUGAGUGAAACACAGAUAACUGAUCUAACAUCCUGUUCCAAAACUGCACCAAUACUCACUGCUGAUGUAUCAGUAUGAAUUACAAAAUGUACACUACGAGAGUAAGUGCGAAGAACACCAUCACUUGAAAGAACCCUUGGUAGACAUCGAAAGCAUAACUCAUGUUCUUCACCCCAUUUAAAUGUAAUGAUAUUCCAGAAGAUCAUAUGGAUUUAUUUGUCUCUUGAGAAAGACUGGAUCCCCCUGUACUUCAAGUUUCACAGCCUGAAUUCUCAUCUCUCCACUGCAUUUAGGACAUAUAACUAUUUGUGCAACUAAUGUACAAACGAACACUAUCACAAACACAGUGCUUCCAUGCUUUCCAUGGAGGUCUAGCUUCAAUUGACUCAUGAUCUCAACUAUUGAAAUUGCUAAAAUCUUCACAUAACCCCUUCUGAUACUAAUUAUAUAUUUUAUGUAAGUUUGUUUUCGAAAUCUUCCAGCUAUUUUGUAUAACGGUAAUAUCAU